AUGUCAGAAAGCACUGAUAAAUGCUUAGUGGAAAGGUGGCACCCGAAUACACAUACCUUUCACCUUCUGGUUGGUGAAUGUGCGGUAACACUGAAAGACGUUGCUAUGAUAUUUGGUCUUCCGACUGAUGGUCUUCCAGUGACAGGGAUGACUUUGAGCAGUUUUAACGGCUUAGAGGCAGAAUAUCUGCACCAAUUUGGGGUCUCACUGAGAAAGUUGGAUUGUCGAGGAAGCGGCAUAAAACUGACGUGGCUAUGGGAUUUAAAAGAAAGGUUACAGUUGACUGAUGAGAACAGUAUACAGGUGUACGUUAAGGUUCACAUCAUGUUGUUGAUCGGUACGAUCUUGUUUGGAGACAAGGCUGGGGCAUCUGUCCACUGGAAGUAUCUGCCUCUGCUCAGUAAUUUUGCUAGUAUUGGACAGUACAGUUGGGGAUCAGCAUGCCUAGCACACCUGUACAGGAGUUUAUGCAGAGCAUCACGUUUUGAUUGUAAGGAAAUAGAUGGUCCGCUGACACUUCUACUGUGUUGGGCAUGGAUGCGCCUAUCAUAUCUAGCACCGGUUCCUAGGGAACCUCGCAGUUUUUCGCUUGCAAACAGGUGGCGAAACUGGGAGCGUGGAGACCGAGUCUAUAGAUUUCUUAAGCUUGCUCAUUUUAGGAAGGCCUUGGAUGAACUUCAGGAAGGGCAGUUUGUGUGGGUUGCAUAUUCUGCUGACCGUGUUGAUCCGGAUAUAGUUCCUGGGCCGACCUUUAGAAACGCGUCUUAG